CGCACAGAACAGCAUCAUCCUUCAAACACUUCAUACCCAUAACAAAUUGUUAAAAAGCUGUAAUGUGAUGAAUUGUGAUUAAUUAAACAGUUUUUUAGUUUCUAGUGAAUUAUUUUUAACCAAAUCAGUUAUUGGAAGUUUCUUCAAUUUCUAGUAAUUAGAAUGGGCGAAGAAGAUGAAAUGGAAGCCCCAAACAUCAUCCUCAAUGAUGAAGAGGGAAACCAUAUGAUCGACAUCAACAAUAUUGUGGAUAGAGAAGAUAAAGACGGUGGCUUUGACUUGGAACCUUUCAAUGAUCUCAAAAGAAAAAUGAUACAAACUUAUUUAGAGCUGAAAGAAGAGGAAAAGGACGGUGAUGAUGAUUGCUCAUUUGGUGUCUCACUGGAAAAACAAUUGGUUGAAAAGCUAGUAACAAAGUUUGGUUUAAAUUAUUUAAUUUUAAAUUUAUAUCCCAAUAAUGAAGGAUAUACAAUUGGAAUGAAAAAUCUUCCCAACAAAAGUGAUAAUAUUUAUAAGAAUAAUUCAAAUGGUAUUAUUCACAAAAGUGGUGAUAAGGCAGCUAGUGAUCUAUUCAACAACGAUAGUAAAACAAAUGAAAACUGUACUCAUCUAGAUGAUCAUUUUGACUCCAAGGACUCGAAGGAUGGAGCUCAGAAUGGUGAUUGUAAAGAAUCUGAUUUCAUUGAAACCAUUAAAUUACCAUAUGAAGAGGAGGACUUGUUGGAUUUCAUAGACAAUGGUGAACUUCCUCCUAUGUUGGUUGACAUUUUUGAUGACUUCAAUGAAAACAAUGACCAUCAACUUUUUUACUGUGGCUCUAUUUUCAUGGAGAUCAGAGAUUAUCGAAAAAAUACUUCCAACCAAACAUCAAAUUAUGAAUCUAGUUUUGUAAGACUCAGGCCGACUAACCAAACACUACUUAAUGAUAUAGCACGUCUAACUUCAUCAUUUUCUCACCUAAAAAACUGGACUCAAGAAGAGAAGACAGCUUUGGAGGCCAAAAUUAUUUUAGAAACUGCUGAACCUCUUUGCCUUGAUCCCAACCCUGUAGUUGCAAUAAUUUCUAAUAAGUUAGAUUACGAGAAAAAAUGGUUUAAAGCGUCUAAAAGUGUAGAAAGAUUAAUGAAAAAGAACUCUCAAGUCUAUCGAAACAGGAUUAAGAAGUUUGAGAGUUUGCCUGCCCCUAAAGGUCUAGAAUUAUUUGAUUUUCUUCAGAGUAGAACAGAUCGAGCUUCAAUCUCUUCUAGACUAAAUAAAAAGAUUAAUAGUAUUAAUGGAAAUAAAGACUGUAAAAUUGAUCCAAUCGAUCCUAAACUGAUUGAAAUUGAAAAGUUUGCCAAAAAACUUGAACCUGUGAAUUUAAGAUGUGAUAAUACUUUAGUUAAAUCUGAUGAAUAUAUAAUGGAAUUUAUGAAUAGCGAAGGACGUUCCUCUGUUACUUGUGUAGCAAUUUAUCAUCGGUCAAUCGAUGAUUCGUAUUUCGGGAAGCUGUUUCUCGAUAAAAGAAAAGAUAAUAGCAAUAGAAGUGGAAAUUCUUGCCUUUUUCGCUUGGGACAUAAAGCUAUGGUUAAUAAAUACAUUGAUCAAUUCAAGGAAAUAUUAACAGAGAAUGGUAGAAAACCGGUUAAAAUUACUCAUAAAUCAUCAAAUCAUCCUACCAAAGUGACUUAUACAAACUCUGCCAAUCAAUUUAACGGUCCAAAUCCAAGUGAUAAUGAGGAUUUAGAUGGAAGAGAUAAUCUCUCCAAAAAACCAAAGAUUAUUCAAUCAAAUCCAAAAAAUGCUGUAUCUGUGUUACGAAAUCAACAUCGUAAAUUAUCUUCAUCAUUACUCUCAAGUAAUUUAUCACCAUCAACUACUACAUCAACCAAUGUACCAACAUCAUCAUCAUCUACUCUAUCUGCAGCCUCUAAUUCAUCUUCAAGUAUUCCAAUCAACGAAUUCAUUCCAUCAAAUUCUUCAACAAUUCAAAUUAAUUCCAAUUGCACUGCCAAUCAUAGGAAUUCAGAACAAGUUGCGUCUAGCCCAAUUGAAAAUAUCAAACCAGCAGCAUCACUCAUACCUAUCGCACCAUCAACUGAAAAUCUUCAUUCAAAGACUAUCAUUCGUAAUGCAGCCAUUACCGAGCGACAAGCCAUUCCGACUCUUUAUCUUGCUAGUCUUCCUCAAACUCAUGGAUCAACGAAUCUCCAGAAUGAAUCUAAACCUCAACAGGAGACUCUCGUUGUUACACCAUCAUUACCAAUAGGAACAUAUACUAUUACAGGAACCAAUUCAACCACAAAUGCAAAUCUUCCCCAAGGAAUUAAUCUUGCCAGCCUCAACUUAGCGCAAUGUUCAAAUUUAAGGCUUCAUAAUUUAGUUUCUUUUCCAAAUAUUCAAGGAGUGCCUCAGCAACAAAUAACCGUACCUAUCUCAUUGACUAUGAUGCAAGGAAGCGGGUCUAGUCAAGGCCAAACUGCUAUGGCUGUUGCAAAUACCAAUAUUGUUAACAACAACAACACUGUUAAUAAUAAUGUUGUUAAUAAUAAUAUUGUCAACCUACAACAACACCAAAUCUCCCACCAGAUUCAACAACAAAUUCAACAUUCUCAUUCACAUCCUCAUCCUCAUGCUUACCAGCAAUCUCACCUUCAUCCUCAUACUCACAUUCAAUCACAGCAACACCAACAACAACAGCUUCAUCCUCAUCACCGAACUUACCUUAUUGACUAUGAUGGAAGGAAACAAGUCUAGUCUCAUCUAACAAUGCUCAGUUCAUUGCGCUCAUUUUAAUCAUCACCGACAAAGCAGGAUUUCUUGUAACGAUUCGUGAAUUUUUUCAUUGUGCAGUUAAUUUUCAACGAUUAAACCAAGUCAAGCUAAUUCCUUGCCAUGACUUCGGUGUUAUUUCUUAUUGAUUUUGUUAGAAAAAAAUUUAAAUCUUGUUGCACAAUUUGAACUCAAAAUUUUCAUUAAAUUAACAGACUGUUGAGAAAGAGAGCCUAAUAAAAAAAUUAUUUUCCAUUUUUAA